UAGAAAUACCCUCUCUGAACCACGUGUGUAUUUGGAGGUGUGCCCAUCUCUGCUUCUUUAAUCUCAUGACUCAAAAGAGAUUGCGUUUAAGACGUACCCUACACUAAUCCUUUAAUACCACAACGACAACACGUUCCCUAGUGGGAUUGUGACCAGGGGCAUAGAGGUUGAGAACACAUAUUUUUGGGGGACCACCACUCGAUCCAUAACACUGAUAUUCUCGAUUUUCAGCCAAGAUCCACCUGAUCCAAGCACUGAUAACCCGCAUUCCACUUCCUCCUGAAUUUGGCCUGACAUCCCAGCAGUGCCCGUUGAUGUUCUGUUGCCGUGAUUGCUGAAUUGUCUUCUGCACAGUUUUACAUGUGUUUGAUUGUACUGAUGUCCAUUGGAUUGCCUUUCUUUAGCAUAGACACCUGUACGAAUGUUUUCCAAUCUGUUGGCCAGGUAAGCACAGACAAGUGAGUGUUGCCAGCCGUGGAUCCAUUCAUUGGGACACUUUGAUUACAACUCUGUUGCUUCCUGCAGCCUUGUUUCUCGCUCGUGCCACAACUUGGACUUUUUCUAUAAGUACCAUUGGUUCCUUUUGUUCUAUUUUAACAUGUCAUACAAUUCAGUGGUUUAGACACAUUUAAAAGAAUUGUUUAGUGGUCGCCACAAUAAAUUUUACAACAUGUCCGUCUUCCCUGUACUCCCCUCUUUCCUCCAACCUCCCUGCCCUGACCCCAAGAAACUGUUAGUCCAGGUGCUUGUCCUUGCAGAUGCACUGCCACUGGUUCUCGAUCAUCUGCUCCCUCCUGAAGGGAUUUGAGCGCUAGCUUUUUCUGGUGCAGUGACUGUAUGCCCCUUCCCUGUUCAGUUUUCCGACCCGGAGCAUCAGCGUGUAUCAGCCAUGGUAUAGAAGCGGUCUGUGUCUGCUAGGACGUCCUGGCAGUUACCAGAGUCCCGUCUCCUUCUCCAGAUGAGGAGACAGCUUCAGAGACGGAGGGGCAGACAGACCUACAGUCAGACCCUGCUGCUCUGCCCAGGACGCCUCCUGCAUGUCCUGCUGCCCCAAGCUGUCCUGAACUAGGUGCCAGCGUGUCACGCUGCCACUAUGAACGAGGUGUCUGUCAUCAAAGAAGGCUGGCUUCACAAGCGUGGCGAAUACAUCAAGACCUGGAGGCCCCGCUACUUCCUGCUGAAGAGUGAUGGCUCCUUCAUUGGCUACAAGGAGAGGCCCGAGGCCCCCGACCAGUCCUUACCACCCUUAAACAACUUCUCAGUUGCAGAAUGCCAGCUCAUGAAGAGGGAGAGACCCCGGCCCAACACAUUUGUCAUCCGCUGCCUGCAGUGGACUACGGUCAUCGAGCGGACCUUCCAUGUGGACUCUCCAGAUGAGAGGGAGGAGUGGAUGCAGGCCAUCCAGAUGGUGGCCAACAGCCUGAAGCAGCGGGGCCCGGGCCAGGACUCCAUGGACUACAAGUGUGGCUCCCCCAGCGACCCCUCCGCGACUGAGGAGAUGGAGGUGGCCGUCAGCAAGGCACGGGCCAAGGUGACCAUGAAUGACUUCGACUAUCUCAAACUCCUGGGCAAGGGCACUUUCGGCAAAGUCAUCCUGGUCCGAGAGAAGGCCACCGGCUGCUACUACGCCAUGAAGAUCCUGCGGAAGGAGGUCAUCAUUGCCAAGGAUGAAGUUGCCCACACGGUGACCGAGAGCCGAGUCCUCCAGAACACCAGGCACCCCUUCCUCACGGCGCUGAAAUAUGCCUUCCAGACCCAUGACCGCCUGUGCUUCGUGAUGGAGUACGCCAACGGUGGUGAGCUCUUCUUCCACCUGUCCCGGGAGCGCGUCUUCACGGAAGAGCGGGCCCGCUUCUACGGCGCCGAGAUUGUCUCUGCGCUCGAGUACCUGCACUCUCGAGACGUGGUGUACCGCGACAUCAAGCUGGAAAACCUCAUGCUGGACAAAGAUGGCCACAUCAAGAUCACUGACUUCGGCCUGUGCAAAGAGGGCAUCAGCGACGGGGCCACCAUGAAGACCUUCUGCGGGACUCCGGAGUACCUGGCGCCCGAGGUGCUGGAGGACAAUGACUACGGGCGUGCCGUGGACUGGUGGGGGCUGGGCGUGGUCAUGUACGAGAUGAUGUGUGGCCGCCUGCCCUUCUACAACCAGGACCACGAGCGCCUCUUUGAGCUCAUCCUCAUGGAGGAGAUCCGCUUCCCACGCACGCUUGGCCCCGAGGCCAAGUCCCUGCUUGCUGGCCUGCUCAAGAAGGACCCCAAGCAGAGGCUUGGUGGGGGGCCCAGCGAUGCCCAGGAGGUGAUGGAGCACAGGUUCUUCCUCAGCAUCAACUGGCAGGACGUGGUACAGAAGAAGCUCCUGCCGCCCUUCAAACCUCAGGUCACAUCUGAGAUCGACACAAGGUACUUCGAUGAUGAGUUCACGGCCCAGUCCAUCACAGUCACGCCCCCGGACCGCUACGACCGCCUAGGCUCUCUAGAGCUGGACCAGCGGACGCACUUCCCGCAGUUCUCCUACUCGGCCAGCAUCCGGGAGUGAGCGGCCUGACGGGGCCACCGGUGGCCAUGGCAGGAGGCACGCACUGGUGGCUGUUUACAACGGUGUCAUUUGGCUUGUUUGUUUGUGUUCCCACCCCUCACCUCCUGGCCCCAUGCCCAGCUCUCUCUUCACCCCACCCCACCCCUCAUCCCCAGCUGCCCUGGCCUCCGGGGAGCACCUUUCCCCACCUGUGUGCCCAGACUAGUAUUGGGAGACUCUCACUCCUGCUUGGGCCUCAGGGCAGUCGGAGGUGAUGGUUUUAAUCCACACAAGCUCGGACGAGGGGUGUGUGUGUGGUACGGCCACCUGCCUGUGUGCUGCUGCUCGACAGAGGACGCCCGACCUGUGCCACGCCGCCCCCCCCCCCAGGGGCAGAAAAGCAAUAAUGGUUGAGCCCCACAGGGGCCUGGGACUCUGGGGUCUGAGGGCUUAGGGCUCCCUCAGGUGAUGCCACCAUGUCCCUAGCUCUGCCCCCAGGGUACUGCUUCCUCCCCCUGCCUUUGAGUGCUCCCCCAGCCCCUCCACCUGCUAUCCUGACUUUGGGAAUGAGACAGGAAGAACAUUCUGGGGCUGCCCCAACCCGCACCUGUGCCUUACUUCCAGGGGGCCUGCCUUCCUGCUGGACCCUGGACCUGGGUCCAGCCCUGGCCCCAUCGGAGGGCAGGGUGGGGCGGGGGGUAGGGGUGUCUGCCUUGGCUGUUACACAUCUCCCACCAAGACAGUAUUGGGCCUCGUGGGCAGGAUGAGGGGCAGGCAGGGACAGGCGAUCCACCCCAUCUCCAGGGCCCCCAUGUCCUGCAGCCUUAAGGUGAGCAAGUGUGCUCGGCUGUUCCAAGGGCACGCAUGGUGCCCAGAGUGUGUCAGGGACACGUGUGUGCACAAGUGUGCCCAGGCCUUCGAGUGUGUGUAUGUGUGUGAGUGUGAAUGUGUGUUUGGGCCCCCAUCCCUGGCCCAAGCAUUUCAUCCCGUGGAGUGGCGGGUGGGGAGGUGCUGACCGAGUGGGAGGAGCCACGCCCACCACACCCACAUCUCCCCUUCUCUGGCUUCCCUUUCCACCCAACUUUGCCAGGUGUGUGGCAUUUCAUUUCUGUGGAUCUGCCCACCCCCUCCGUACCAGACAGCUCACAGAGGGCAUCAUGAAGUGGGGACGGGCUGGGUGGGGGUGGGGUCUUUGCCCUUCUCUCCGACACCUGCCCUGCCCUCUGGCCUUUCUGCGUUUCUUCUUGUAUUUGUACGGUACAAGCAAUAAAGACCAGGGCCCAGCCCGCGUCUCUGCUGGCCUCA